GAACGAGUGAGCGAGGGGAACUGGAGACUGGAGGAGACCUGCUCACUCACCGCCGCUGUCUCCACUCCGCGCACUUCUCUGAGCUGCUGGAGCUGAGCGCGCAAAGAGAGAAGGAAAGGGAAACGGGGAAGGGAAGAAUGAGGAAGAAGCCGUCCGUGCAGCGCGCCGCGUCCCAUUACCUCCUCCACCAACAACACCAACACCACCACCACCAACAACAACAAACCAUAGGGGCGUGCUGAUGAAGCGCCUCUCCGGUCAUUCGAUCAUACAGGUCGCACCGGCACAGCUGAAUGGAAACUAGGAGUAACCCACCAGCAGCAGCAGCAGACAAGAUCAACAAGAAAUAACCGAGGGAGAAGGGAAAAAAACUGCAGUGCAUGGGAAUCCGGAGCGCUCUGCCUCCUUUUGUGCGUCUUGGUUGGUGGAAACGCCGCGUUGGCCGGUAUAUAAGAGCUCCCUGUGUCUCCAUUAGCCUUCCCCUCUGCUGGGUUUACCUCUACUACUACAACAACUACUACUACUGCUACUACUAAGCACUCGUACUACUGCCUGUGCUCGCUGCUGGAGCUGGGAACGAGCUCGUAUCACCGCGAGGAAACAGGAAAAAAAAAUCAAGGGUCAUCGUUCAUCAUGGGCCGCUUGGAUCGCUCCUCCGCCCCGUCUCCGGCGCUGAGGCUAACGCUCAUCGUUUUGAUUCUGCUCCUCAAGGGCCAACCGUCUGUGGCUGGAGCUCCUCCUCAGCCGAGCUCGGACGGCUCGGUUUCGGCUGUUUCCACGAAUAAAACUGAGUGCAGCAAACCCGAGGAGUGCUCCAAGGGGGUGAUCUUACCCGUCUGGGAGCCCAUAAACCCGUCGUUCGGUGACAAGGUUGCCCGAGCGACGGUUUACUUCGUAGCUUUGGUCUACAUGUUUCUUGGCGUGUCCAUCAUCGCGGAUCGCUUCAUGGCAUCGAUAGAGGUCAUUACAUCCCAAGAGAAAGAAAUAACGAUUAAGAAACCCAACGGGGAAACUACGACGACCACUGUCCGAAUCUGGAACGAAACCGUGUCAAAUUUAACUCUGAUGGCUCUCGGUUCUUCUGCUCCCGAGAUCCUGCUGUCCGUCAUCGAGAUCAUCGGCCACGGGUUCGACGCCGGCACCUUAGGACCCUCGACCAUCGUGGGUUCCGCUGCGUUCAACAUGUUCGUAAUCAUUGGAAUUUGCGUGUACGUGGUGCCCGACGGCGAGACCAGGAAAGUCAAACAUCUCCGAGUGUUCUUCGUCACGGCGACCUGGAGCAUUUUCGCGUACAUUUGGCUCUACCUGAUCCUGUCGGUGAUCACGCCAGGUGUCGUGCAGGUGUGGGAGGGGCUUCUGACCUUCCUGUUCUUCCCCAUCUGUGUGGUCUUCGCUUGGAUAGCCGACCGGCGCCUGCUGUUCUACAAGUAUGUGUACAAGCGCUACCGGACUGGCAAACAGCGCGGCAUGAUCAUCGAGACGGAAGGGGAUCGGCCUCUGCCUUCCAAGGUGGACAUCGAGAUGGACGGCAAAAUGCUGAACUCACACGCCAUCGACUUCCUGGACGGUCCUCUGGGAUUUGAUAUCGACGAGAAAGAUCUGGACGAGGAGGAGACCAGGAGGGACAUGGCCAAGAUCUUGAAGGAGCUGAAACAGAAGCACCCGGACAAAGAGGUGGAACAACUCAUUGAACUCGCCAACUACCAGGUCCUGAGCCAACAGCAGAAGAGUCGUGCGUUCUACCGUUGCCAGGCGACCAGGCUCAUGACCGGAGCUGGAAAUAUCCUGAAGAAACACGCCGCCGAUCAAGCCAGGAAGGCCGUCAGCAUGCACGAGGUCCGGUCUGACGCCGGCGAAAACGACCCGGUCUCCAAGAUCUUUUUCGAACCGGGCUCCUACCAGUGUUUGGAGAACUGCGGCACGGUUGCGGUCAACAUCGUGCGGCGCGGCGGAGACCUCGGUAAAACCCUUUCAGUGGAGUACCGCACGGAGGACGGCACCGCGAACGCCGGUUCCGAUUACGAAUUCACCGAAGGCGUGGUCGUGUUCAAGCCCGGCGAAACCAUGAAAGAAGUCCGGGUUGGAAUCAUCGACGACGAUAUCUUUGAAGAAGACGAGAACUUCCUGAUUCACCUGUCCAACGUGAAAGUGCUGACGUCAGAGGGGGAGGAGCCGGAGGAGGGCGAAUCGGCCAAUCACGUCGAGUCGGUGGCCUGUCUCGGGUUACCUUCAACCGCUACAGUCACGAUCUUUGACGACGACCAUGCCGGUAUCUUUACCUUUGAGGAGCCUGUGGUCCAUGUGAGCGAGAGCGUGGGGACUAUGGAGGUCAAGGUGCUGCGUACGUCCGGAGCUCGGGGCGUGGUCAUGCUGCCGUACAAGACGGUAGAAGGAACAGCCAAAGGAGGAGGAGAAGACUUUGAAGACAUUCAUGGCGUCCUCGAAUUUCAGAACGACGAGAUUUUGAAGAGCAUAACGGUUAAGAUUCUAGACCGGGAGGAAUAUAAUAAGCAGUCUUCGUUCUACGUCCUCCUCGGAACGCCGCAGUGGAUACGCGGAAAGAAGGAUCGGACAGAGGAACCACCAAAAGAAGUGGAGGAGGAAGAGGAGGCUCUGACGGGGAAAGAUGAAGAGGAGAGACGCAUCGCGGAGAUGGGACGUCCCAUGCUGGGAGACCACGUCAAACUGGAGGUCAUCAUAGAGGAGUCGUACGAGUUCAAGAACACGGUGGAUAAGUUAAUCAAGAAAACCAACCUGGCUCUUCUGGUGGGAACGAACAGCUGGAGGGACCAAUUCAUCGAAGCCAUCACAGUGAGCGCCGGUGAAGAUGACGACGAUGAAGAGUGCGGGGAGGAGAAGCUGCCCUCGUGUUUCGACUACGUGAUGCACUUCCUGACCGUGUUCUGGAAGGUCCUGUUCGCCUUCGUCCCGCCCACAGAGUACUGGAACGGCUGGGCCUGCUUCGUCGUGUCCAUCUGCAUGAUCGGACUGCUCACCGCCGUCAUCGGUGACUUGGCGUGUCAUUUUGGCUGCACGGUCGGGCUCAAAGACUCCGUGACUGCAGUAGUAUUCGUGGCAUUGGGGACCUCAGUACCAGAUACAUUCGCCAGUAAAGUUGCUGCGAUCCAGGACCAGUACGCCGACGCCUCCAUUGGGAACGUGACAGGAUCCAACGCUGUCAACGUGUUCCUUGGGAUUGGGGUGGCGUGGUCCAUUGCCGCCAUCUACCACAACAGCCAAGGCCGGGACUUCAAGGUGGAUCCGGGAACGCUGGCCUUCUCCGUCACGCUCUUCACCAUCUUUGCCUUCAUCUCCGUGUCCGUGCUCAUGUACCGGAGGAGGCCAGAGAUCGGAGGGGAGCUGGGAGGGCCUCGGACUGCCAAGGUCCUAACCAGCAUGCUCUUUGUCAGCUUGUGGCUCCUCUACAUCCUGUUCUCUUCGCUGGAAGCCUACUGCCACAUCCAGGGCUUCUAGACACGGAGUUCAGUUCAAUACGCAAAGGUGAGGACUAAGGCGGCGGUACGGAAAAUAAAUACGUCGAUAUGAAGUUGAUGACGGCUGCAUCGCUCGUCCCUCCUUACGUGCUGUGGAAUUAUAGCCAGUUUUGGAUUGUGUGUAAAUCUUAAUACGACAGAGAGGAAAUUUUCAAAGACCAGCAUUAUCGGAGCGCGCGGAAAACGCUUUGCCGAAGGAAUUAACAACCAAUCAGAUCAUUUUGACAUUAACUCGAGUCGUACGCUUCUACCACCAGUGCAGUAACUCUACUUUGCACUGUGAAACCAUCGAAGACCACCACAUACUGCUGAAGUCUGAAGUACGGGACAUAUCGUUCGCUGAAAAUCCGUGUGCGCGUGUUGAGUUGCGACUGUGUGUCCGUGUUCCAGUGUGUCGUGGUUGAAGAUGGUGGAGUACUGUGAAAUAAAUCUAGUUAUGCUGUUCUGUUUUUGUAUGACGGCUCCGACACAAGCCCCGCCCAUCUCUGUACAAAGCGCUGAGUGAGGCUUUUGAGCGGAAAGUGCAUUCAAUGAAGUGAACGAAAUGUAAAUAUUCUGAGCUGAAUUGCAUAGCAGCUCGCUCUGAAUGUCUUUGGUUUAAGCUGUGCACUCGGGAACAGGCCCUUAGGCUUUGUUUUAUUCAGUCGGUGUAAAUGAUUCAAGGUCAAUCAUGAGAAGGAGUUGUGUGCAUUUACCUUUAAAACCGCCUGCUUCACAUAGAGCAGGUCAAGCUACCGUCAGAAACUGUUUCAUUCACUCAUAAAUAGCCAUCUUUUCUGCAAUAGAUUUUCAGAACAGUGCUGGCGUCAGGUUCAGUUGUUGUAUAUACUGCAUUACAGCUGCUUUAAAACUUCAUUUAGCAGCUUCUUCCUGUAUUUAUGUUUUGGCCACUCCCCAGGCUGGUCUGUGGACCAAUCAAAACUCUUUAAGGGCUUUGUAAAAAAAAAACGAUGUUCUGAUGUUACCCAGAUGGCAGGUCUUAAAAAUGCUCAAUUGGUAAAGACAUAAUUUUUUCAGAAACAGCUGCAGAAUUACAGUUAUAUAAACACUGUAAUGAUAUAUAAAUGAUUAUAUUGGUAUUAAAUAAACUUAAAUCUUACUAAACUCAACUUGACAUUUUAAAUUGGAUCAGAUUUUAAAAGCUUAAACCCAAAGAAAUCAAUAUUUUGUUGAAUAAUAUUUGUUAAUGCAAAUCAAUUCUGGCAUAAAUAAAUAAUCCAUUCUCCUAAAUACGUCAUUAAAAUGUUUGAGCGUUUAUUAUUGAGAUGUUUACACGUGAGACUGUUAAAUCAAUCUAGCUACUCUUGUGUAGCCUCAAAAUGAUGUAAACUUCUGUAGAUAAACAUUUGUAAAACAGCUUAGUCCCGUCGUCCUAUUUUAUGUUAAAUAUCACAAAUACUUUUAAUUCGAUCGUCUUUCGCCCUCGAUUCAAGAAAAUUGGCGUAUAAUUUCCAUCGAUAAAACCCUUGUAAGAUUUCUUCACAUUUUGCCAAACCAAAUUGUUGAAUUGAAUCAGUGACGUCGCGCGUCACAUGACAAAGGCCUUUGAGUGGCAGUUUACCCCUGUUUUGCCAAAGGGAAACUUUUUAUCAGCUUUGCAGUCCCACUUUCAAAGCUUUCUUAAAAUCUCAAAUUUCUUCACAAAACAUUCAUAAUAAAACUCUAAAAUCCAGACUUUUCUAUUCUAUUUGUAUGUCUCUUCACUGGCAUGGAGCUAUGGUUUAUACACUGUUAAAAGCUUGUGCUCAAAUGGUUGUAAUGGGAGUAAAAAUAUAUUGGUAGACUUUAAUUUGUGCCUGCUGUCGAAAUAAUAAGUUGACAUUUUGAGGAAUGAUAAUUUCCUGUUCUAAAUGUGUGCAUUACCUUAAGGCUAAGAGUUUAAUUUUAAAGGUGUUAGGUCAAUAUUUUGUCCCAUAUGUAAAAGCAGUAAGACUAGACCAACCAGGACAAACCAAAUGAGCUGUUUAAUACACACAUCCUGGUUCGGAAUCUCAAGCGUCGUCUGUAAACGCGUCAAAAUAAAGAAGGUGUUGUAUAAUAGAUUUUUUUGGGGGGGGGGUCAAACUGACGCCGAUGUCCCGCACUGGUCAUACUGCUUUGGAUGUUUCAAGUUGUUUUUUUUUACUCAAAUGUACACAAAACAACCAUGUAAAAAGAACACUUUGUUGUCAGUUACGACGCGUUCGAGCUCCUCCUCCCCGGGGGUCAGCGAACGCACCGCCAAAACAAAACGGGACUUUAACGAUAACGAUAAAACGGGACGGAGAUUCUUUCGGUGACACGUUUCGGGCCGACGUUUUGCCAAUGUCAAUAAACAGACUCACGCAAAUGAAGGAAAAAUUUCAAAAUGGAGGAUUCAAAAAAUACGUGAAGAUACAGCCAUAUGUUGAUUCCUGGGUCAGACUCGAGCAGACUCCUCCUACCCAGCACGUGUAUUGUUAUGGUGUCUCCUCUUUACCCAACGUGUGUCUUGAAAUUUCUACCUUGCUGCCAAAGUAACAAACCCGGCAGUUUUGUUUUGCCUGUAACUUCCUCCCUACUUCCUCCUUCCUCCUUCCUCCUUCCUCCUUCCUCCUUCCUCCCUCCCUCCCCACAAUCCCUUUGUCAUGUUUUUCCAUAUUUUGGGAAUGUCAAUGUGCUACUUGUUGACACUGUGCAUGAAUGCUAACACGUCUGUAUAUAGUAAUAGAGAACUGUAUCCCCCCAUUCCCCUGGUUGUUGACAAAAAAAUGGUUCGAAUGUUGUACAGACUUGAGAUUUUUUUUUCUGUUUUGAGUUUCAUUUUUAUGUAAGUAGUAGAUUUAAUUUAAAGAGAAGUUUUGAAGUAACUUGCACAUUAAUUAUUUUUGGUUUAAAAAAAAAAAAAAAGGCAAUAUCUGCUGUUAUUGAUUGAGAGAUGAGAUCCUUAAGGAGCUAUGUAUCUUAUAUAAAAAGUAUACGGGAUUUGCAUGGGAUGUUUGUACAAAAAAAGACACUGCUUGCUACUUCUAAUACUGCGGCUGUAUUCUCUGACGGAAAGAAGAAGAUCGUAUGUAUAUCUAAAGGUUAUUUUGUCAUGAAAGAAUAGUAAUAAAACCAUAUUGUGUAUAUAAUGUACAGUGUUAUAAGUGAGAUGGGCUGUGUGGCCGUCUAACCCUAGAGAAUUAACUACAUAUUUAUUUCCGAUGAGUUCAAAGCGCUCACUACACUCAAGAAUGACAUAUAUUGCCUUUUUGGAGAAGUUGUAGUUUGGCUUAAAAGCUUGUUUCUGUAUCCGGGCCUUUCUGUUUUUCCUCGUCAUCAAGACUUUUCCCAUAACCAAAGUUUUGUUGCCGACUUAAAGGGAUAUUUGAGAUUAAUAACAGAGGUUUUGUUGAAUACGGAAAUGCGCACGGUCUGAUUUGAAGAAGCAAACGAACGUUAAGUGUUUACAGUGGUGGGACGUAACGAAGUACAAGUCGUAAAGUACUGCACUAGGUAUCUGUACUUUACUUAAGUACAUGUUACAGUGGAUACGUUUUACUUUUACUUCACUAUAUUUGAGAGCAGUGUCUGUACUUUCGACUUCACUACAUUUCUGAACAGGACUAGAAAGUAAAAAGUAGUUUUCAUAAGAUUUGAGGAAGUAUUUUUACCUUGUUCGUGUAAUAUCCUGACUAAAGUUUUCAAGUUCUAGCAAAAGUCAUAAGAAAAAUGAAAAAAUGUUUGUGUUUUGACCAAAAUAUGCAUCAUUUUUUUAUCCGUAUCACUACAUUUACACUUAACAUUUUACUCUUAAAGUGCAUUUUCAAACAGAUACUUAAAUGAUUUUACUUAGGUAGAUUUUCCAUGUGAUACUUUAACUUUACUUGAGUAACUUUUUACCUGUGUAUCUGUACUUUUACUUAAGUACAUGUUACAGUGGAUACUUUUUACUUUUACUUCACUACAUUUUUGAAGAGGACUGAAAAGUAAAAAGUACUUUUUUAUGAUUUGAGUGGUUAUUUUGAUCAUGUUCGUGGAAACAUCCUGACUAAAGUUUUCAAGUUCUAGCAAAAUUCAUAAGAAAAAUGAAAAAAUGUUUGUGUUUUGACCAAAAUAUGCAUCAUUUUUUAUCCGUAUCACUACAUUUACACUUAACAUUUUACUCUUAAAGUGCAUUUUUAAACAGAUACUUAAAUAAUUUUACUUAAGUAGAUUUUCCAUGUGAUACUUUAACUUUACUUGAGUAACUUUUUACCUAUGUAUCUGUACUUUUACUUAAGUAUUAACACUGAGUACUUCAUCCACCACUGUGCGUUUAUAAAGAGGAAGCUCUGAAUCUCUGCAUUUGACCGAGCUCAUUUUGGUCAUUGUUGCACAGCAGAUGAAUAAAUUAUAAUAAAUUAAUCUCAAAAUCUGACAGUUUUGACUUAUAACAAACAGAGAGAUGUUAUGUUAGACUUAUGUUUUUAAAAAAGCGUGGGAUUGUGCAGCUCUGACCUCAGUACACGCAUUUAAAACAGGAAAACAGUAUAAAUCAUAGAUAGAAAUGGAAACAUCAUGAGAAAAGCUAAGGAGAAAUAAAGGAUUUGAACCAUUUUGCUACAGAAUAAACACAUUUGUACAUAUUUAACUACGCCACAGUGCGACAUAGGCUCCACCAAAGGCCCGUAGUUGCGGUUUUAUCCCGUUAAAGUCGUCGUAACGCUCGUCUGCUUCUUCAAAUCAGUCGUGUAAACUUUCAAACGAUGCUUUGCCAACACCUCCGCCCAGACUAAACCCUCCCUUUAAGUGGACCUGGCUGCAUCAGUAUUGUCGUUAGCACAUCUUUGCUAAUUAGACUCUCUGGUUGUUCUCUCCGUGUGUGUUUCAGUCGUUUAAUAGCAUUUCAAGCCUUUCUCUUUCUCUCUCUCUCUCUCUCUCCACCUCUCUUCCUCUCUGUGGUCUGCCAUCUGGAGCGCGUGAGACUUUUUCAGUUUGACUCCGUGACAAGAUGAUGUUGAAGAGUUGUUUUUGUUCUCACUUUAGCGUGCCUGUGUUAUGAUUUGUUAAUGCCACUAACUGUGACUGCUCUUCAUGGUACAUUCUGAUAAAAGAAAAUAAAGUUUGGGAUACCCUGUUUCA